AUGAGUGACGAACAACCACCACCAACACCACCGAAUGCAUCUUCUUGUUGCGACCAGGACAACAAUUCCAAUCACAAACAAUCACCACAUGGUCACAACCAUUCAGAUUUCUAUUCACCCAUGAUUCAUUCAUCGAUUGAGUUGCAUCACCCAAACGAAUCUGUCUUCUAUUUUCAGAAACAACCAUUGGAUAACGAUCUUACUUCCUGUUCGCACUCCUCCAUUCCUUCUUCAGCUUUGAAUUCUUUAAACAGUUCAGCUUAUUGGAAUGAGAGUGGAGUAAAAUUGAAUUAUCACAACCGCACGAGUUGUAGUAGUAGUACUCACACCAGUGGUUGCUGUGAGGAUGAUACCACACUCACCACUACCAGCAACAACACCAGCAACAACACCAGCAACAACACCAGCAACAACACCAGCAACAACACCAGCAACAACACCAGCAACAACACCAGCAACAACACCACCACUUCAAUCCACAACAUUGAGAGAAAUAACGAGACCACAUGCGAGAAGCAAUUUCUUCAACAAGAAACAUCCUCUCCAUCACAACCACUCAUGCAUGAACAGCAACCCAUUCAACAACAAUCAAAAAAGAUCUGCUCACAUUCUCCAUUAACCUCCCAUUUGAGCUGUGGUGGUCAUUCCACGACGAUGGAAAGCACCUUAUCCAUGAUGAUGUUGAUGCUCGAAGAGGAGUAUAUCCCAUCACAUACUAAUGUUACUACUCAUGCGAUUCCUCCGUAUGUUACUACUACUUCAAAUUCUACAACAAAUUCUACAACAAAUUCUACAACAAAUUCUACUUCAAAUGCUCUCACAUUAGCAACAACAAUCAAUAUUCCAAACAUGAUGAAUCAACAUGCUCCCUCUCCAUUGUCUUCAAAUGUUGGUAUUGUUGGUGAUGGUGAUCAAUUGAACCAUUUUAGUAAUAAUAAUAACAGUACCCCGCAUCGAUCAACUCCACUUUCGAAUACUUGUUGUCCUACUUCAAAUUCCAACACCACAAACACCACCAACACCACAAACACCACAAACACAACAACAUCCACUCCUUCCAACGUCAUGUCCUUCGUUGAUGAGACCACCAAGGUCAAAUGCAAAGUGAAAAUCAAUCGAAGAAAUAAGGAACACAACAUUAAAAAGACACGACUUCGAAAGCCUCUUCAAAAUGACAAACUCUUACAAAAUUACUUUGAAUGGAACAAGACACAGACAUGUAGUGAAGAAUUAACAGUUUACAAAAUUUUAGAACCACCCAAACCAUCAUCAUCACCACCACCACCACAAAUACCAAUUUCAGAUGUACCAUCUUCUUCAUCAGUAGCCACCACCUCUUACUCUUCAUCCUCAACCUCUUCAUCCUCCUCUUCGAACAGUGAUGAUGGUUUUCUCAAUCUCUCUUCCAUGAAUACUCAUCAUGACUCUCAUCCCUAUUCCAACAACAACAUGAUCCUGAUGGACAAUAACCAGAGUUCUUCCUUUCAUGACAGAUGUCUCAAUAGUGUCAAUGUUCAAUAUUCUCAAGAACAAGUGGAUCAGCCAAGAACAUCUUCUUUAGAACAACAACAAGUUGGAAACAUGAAUGUAAUGACAAGUCAAUGCAAUAGUACCAGUACUACGACUGCUGCUACUUCUUGUACUCCAUCCAUCUCUGAGAGAGUCAAAAAGAAGAAGAAAAGAACCACUUUUGAGGGAAGUCAAAUGUCACUCUCCUCUGAUCCAACAUGUGUUGAAAAAGAUCUCGAAAGCAAACAUAUUGUCACUUCAGAAAAGGUCAAAAUUCAAAAACCAUCAAAAACAAGAUCCAAUGUCAUGACCACUGUUGUGACUACUGAAAGUCAUAGUACUAUGACGACUGGCACACCUUCAAAACAACAACCAUCAACAUCGAGACGUCUAUCACCAUCCACCAUGGUUGCUCCACUUUCCAAUCAUGGCGGAGGAGUGAAUUUUGAAUCAUUUAACAGCAACAAUAUGAGAACUUCUCCAUCCUCAUCCAUCACCACUCUCAGUAGUAGCAAUAGUGUUGGAGAACCACCACAUCAUGUUUGUUUUGGAUUGCAACAGCAACAACAACAGAUGCCACUAUUAUCUCAUCAGACACCAUCAACCAUGAAGAAGGGUAUGAAUGAUUGUUUAUCAAUUCAUAACGAUCGUCAUAGCUACCAUGUCAAUCAUCACACGACAUUUAGUUAUGUCCCUCCCAAUCGUGUGAUGUUUCACAAUCAGCAACAACAGAAUCAAUACAAUCAACAACAGACAGUGAUGGCUGAACAAGAGCAUCAACAACAACAGAUGGCAAUGCUUUGCAACAUGUUACAAUCUGCCACCCAACACUCUCCAUUCAUGACUCAACAACAGCCACAGGUUGUCACUCGUCAUCAUGCUGAUCAGUCUCAAAUACUAAAACAAACUCAGCCACUGUCUGUGAACAAUCCAUCACCUCCGUCACAAUUUCCACAUAUGAAGCCAACUAUGAGUGGAGGAAUGGGUAGCACUCAUCCAGAGUUCAAUGCACAGUCUUUGAAUCAACCCUUCACUUCUCAGAAUGACCAUCCAACAGAAAGAAAUUCCCUUAGCAAAUUGAUUGAAGUAGUGAAUUCGACUUCAAUUCCAAGCUCAAACUCCCCAGAAGGAGAAAAAUUGAAAGCUAUUUUGGAAUUUAUUGGCUUCCAAAAUGAAUCUGUUGGCUCUAUCACUCACCCAAACCAUUUGAUGCAUCAACAGGACACAAUAUUUGAACAAACUUUCCAACAUAUCUUGUCAUCCAACAUGACAAACUCGGAAAAAUUGUCUUCCAUCUUGUCGCUACUCGUGUAUCAAAAGAUGAAAAGAAGCGACAAAGACGAAAGGAAAAGAGGACCACCACAAAAUCAACAUGAAUAUUUCUAG